CGCAUUGAACAAACUAAGAAAUUCACCGAUAGAUAUUUCCCGGUCUCCGACCUCCCAAUAACCCCAAUCAUUUACCCGCCCCGCCAAAGGCCUCGCGGAUCCAAAUACUACUAAUCCACAAAAACACUUUCUCGAUCGAACUCGGCCGCGCGCGUUAGUGUAACCACGGGCCGGGGGGAAAUCAAGCAUGGCCUUUAACUUGGCUCAGAGUGCCGUGGCGGCAUCGUCCUUCGCGCCCUCCACUGCGCGCCGCGUCGCCGCGCCGAGGAGGAAGGCAGCGUCCCAGGUGCCGCCGAUCGGCCUGAGGCUGCAGAGGCGGCUAGCGGCGUGCGAGCCGUCGAGGAUGUCAUCGACGGCGUGCCGGGCGUCAGCGAGGAGUUCCGGGGUGCCGGUGUUCGUGAUGUUGCCGCUGGACACCGUGAAGCAGUGCGGGAGCGGGCUGAAGCGCAGGAAGGCCAUGGCGGCCAGCCUUGCGGCGCUCAAGAGCGCGGGCGUGGAGGGCGUCAUGGUGGACGUGUGGUGGGGCACCGUGGAGAGCGAGGGCCCCGGGAGGUACAACUUCGCCGGGUACAUGGAGCUCAUGGAGAUGGCGCGCGACACCGGGCUCAAGGUCCAGGCCGUCAUGUCCUUCCACAAGUGCGGCGGCAACGUUGGCGACUCCGUCACCAUCCCACUGCCGAGGUGGGUAACGGAGGAGAUGGACAAGGACCAGGACCUUGCCUACACCGACCAAUGGGAGCGCCGCAACUACGAGUACGUCUCGCUCGGCUGCGACGCCGUGCCCGUGCUCAACGGCCGCGCCCCCGUCCAGUGCUACACCGACUUCAUGCGCGCCUUCCGCGACCACUUCACUCGCUUCCUCGGCAACACCAUCGUUGAAAUCCAAGUCGGCCUGGGCCCAGCAGGUGAGCUGCGCUUCCCUUCCUACCCGGAGAGCAACGGCACCUGGAGGUUCCCCGGCAUCGGCGCUUUCCAAUGCUACAACAGGUACAUGCUUAGCAGCCUCAAGAGUGCGGCGGAGGCGGCGGGCAAGCCGGAGUGGGGCAUCAGCGGGCCGACGGACGCCGGCGAGUACAACAGCUGGCCGGAGGACACGCUCUUCUUCCGCCAAGACGGCGGCGGCUGGGGCUGCGAGUACGGCGAGUUCUUCAUGUCGUGGUACUCCCAGAUGCUCCUCGACCACGGGGACCGCGUCCUGUCGGGCGCCGCGUCCGUCUUCUCCGCGUCCGCCUCCCCCGACGUCGACGACAUCCGCCUCUCCGCCAAGGUGUCCGGCAUCCACUGGCACUACGGCACCCGGUCCCACGCGCCGGAGCUCACGGCCGGGUACUACAACACCGGGGACCGCGACGGGUACCGGCCCGUGGCGCGCAUGCUGGCCCGGCACGGCGCCGUGCUUAACUUCACCUGCGUGGAGAUGCGGGACCGCGAGCAGCCGCGGGAGGCGCGGUGCAUGCCCGAGGCGCUGGUGCGGCAGGUGGCGGCCGCGGCCCGGGACGCCGGGGUGGGCCUGGCCGGCGAGAACGCGCUGCCGCGGUACGACGGCGCGGCCCACGACCAGGUCGUGGCCACGGCGGCCGAGCGCGCCGAGGAGGACCGCAUGGUGGCCUUCACGUACCUCCGCAUGGGGCCCGACCUGUUCCAGCCCGACAACUGGCGUCGGUUCGCGGCGUUCGUGAACCGGAUGUCCAAGUCCGGGUCCUGCAGGGAGGCCGCCGAGCGGGAGGCGCACGGCGUCGCGCACGCCACCGGGGCGCUCGUGCACGAGGCCGCCGUUGCGCUGCGGGACUGAUGGAUGGCCACGGCUCAGGGUGUGUUUAGAGGACGCCGUGUGGGACUAUUCUUUUUUUUUUUCUGCGCUUGUGUAGUUUGUGAGAGGUUCUGCGUUUGUGUUUUAGGUGGGAGACAGACGCUCGUAGGCAGAGAACAUCCGUAGAAAAAAGAUCGUGAUGCGAGAGAGGGGAGGACAAAGUUGGUGCUCGUCAGCUCGUUGCAUUUGUCCGAUCGGGGUAUGUUGGAGGAAUACAUCCCCAUGCCAACAUUUUGCAAACAAAAUUACAGAGAGUGAACGUUAAAUACAAAGGAGCAUUCGUUGAAAAGAUUGUGGUGAGGGGAGGACAAACUGAUGCUCGAUGGCUUUGUCCGAUCGGUGUUUGUUCCGGAUAUAUCGCCAUUUUCAUGGCAACAGUUUGCAAACAUUUGUUGUGUUCCGUUGAUGCUUCCUAGUUUCUUCUCCUCUGUGAAUAGCUUUUGCCUUUCGCUCCUCGCUCCACAAUGGCUCAGAAAUCAACAUCUCCAGGACGAACAAGAUUACAAGAAACAAAACAAUGAAAGGCUUCGCAUCUUGUAACAACCACGCCAAGACGAAAUACACGAAGCAAAACUUGCCAAGCAACAGUGUGUUUAACCAAGAGAAGCAUAUCAAGCAGAGAAGAUGUACGUCAAGUAGACAGGCCAACAGCAAGCUCAUAAUCAUUAUCAAGAUAAUUCGGCUGUAGAGAGGAAGAACAUUAUGAUGGUAUGCAAUAAAACUAUAGUUAAAUUGCAGGAGCGAUAUCACAAACAGUUCGGCACAUCUUCAUUCUUAAGGAAAUAGCAGUAUAGCAUUUCUGCAAAACUCAGGAUAUCCUACACCAUAAUCUUCUUGACAGGAACAAAGACCCAACAAAUCCUACUCAAAAGA